AUGUCUCGACGAGACAGGAAGAUGCGAGUGCUGUGCUUACAUGGCUUCGGGCAGAGCGGCGAGUUCUUUCGUACGAAGAUGAAGCGCAUCACACAAUACCUGGAACGCAACCUCGACUCCGAUCUUCAAGCAGACUAUUCAGAUGGCAUGGAGUGGAUGUUCCCAGACGCCCCUAUUGAGCUCACGACCGACUCCCCACAAUCCGACAUCCUGGAAAUGAGAGCCUGGUGGACACGUCUGGAAUUCACCAUCCGCCUCGAUCAAUUGUACAGCAGUCUAGACUACCUCACCAAAUACAUCCGAGAGCACGGACCAUUCGACGGCAUCGUCGGCUUCUCCCAGGGAGCCUCCAUCGCCAUGAUGCUCGCAUCACUCUGCGAAGGCAGCGUCCGACCCGAACGUGUCAUGGCAUUAGCCAAUCAAGGUCUACCUCUCCUGAUUCCACCACCCCAAUCCCCUUUCAAGUUCGCAAUCGCCUGCUCAGGCUUCGUCAACGCACCCCAAUUCUACGAUGGAUUCUUCACGCCCCAAGUCCAAACUCCCACCAUGCAUCUCAUCGCGGAAUGGGAUCACAUGGUUUCCGAACAAAUGUCCGGCGAGAUGAUCAAACGUUGCGAGAACCCCGUCGUGGUCAAACAUGCAGGUACACAUGCUGUACCUACGGAUCGCAACAGUAUGUGGGAAAUGUCACGAUUUCUCAACCAGACGUGCAUCAAAGCUGCGUUGACGGAGAGGUCUCUGGCUGCGGAAGGACAGCCAUUGAGGAGAUCUUCACUUCUGGUUACGAGUGCUACGCUCACGGUGACUGCUGUGACGAACGUCGCUAUGAGUGUUGCUUCGGGCUGUGAAGUGGAGCAUCUGCCGGCUUUGACCGAGGGAUCCAUUUCGCCAAAGAGUUCCAGGACGACGAGUCCCGGUUCGAGUGAGUCGGGAGAUACGGGAGUUACGGGAGUUAUGCAGAAAAGGAGGAAGAAGUUGAGGUUUGCGAGAAAGAUUACUAUCAAGAGGUUUUAG